ACAAAAUUGAUUCGUAUUAUACCUGUUAAUUUGUAUUUAUCUAACAAAGACCUUGGUACACAAUAUUGCAACUUUAAAAACAUCGUAUUGUUUUUUUUUAUAUUAUCAACGAACCGUUUUGCCGCAGAAUGAGCGUAAAAAAUAGCAAAAUUAAAUUCGAAUUAUUUUUACCACUAAUUUGUUUGCUUAUGUCGACAGUUUUUUGUCAAGAUUGCAAAAUGUAUGGUCAAAUCUGCAUAGACGAAAAAGAUUGCUGUGGUGGAUGUUGCGAUAAUAAUAUUUGUAUUGACACUUAUAGAGACUGUAAAAUUCGGGAUGACCCCUGUUUGAAGACCGUUUGCCCGGAAGAUAUGAACUGCGAGAUUUUUCAACCGGAAUAUUGCCCAGGGUGUGAUAUACAAACCGUCUGUGUACCGGCAGAACCUGCCCCACCAUUACACCACUCAUUGGAAGACGAAGAACAUUUUCACCAUGGUUCAUGUGAAAGUAAAAAAAUAAGUUUUGUUUUUGUUUACUGUUUUUUGUUUUAUUUUGUUUAUUUGGUUGUUUCUUAGAUAUUUAUUUGUGUGAUAAAUGAGUGACCCUGUACAUACUGCUAUUAAUAGUAAAUUUACUGUGAUUUUUGUUUGUUAUGUAAUAAUUUUUUUUGUAAUAAAAACAAUAGUUUUG